AUUAUUGUAAAUUCCAGAAUGCAAGUUCGUAUCAAACUGUCAGUUGCAAAAGGUUGGCGGAAUCGGAACCCUCUAUUUGAUCAUGUGACCCAAAGGAACAUCAUUGAAUAGGUUGCAAGAUCAGACGUUAUAAUUCCAGAAUACAGCAAAACAUGAAUUAAUCACCCAACUCGAAUUAUUCAUGGAAUUUUGGCAUGCCUCCCAUCCCCAAAGAUUUUCUGGAAUCACAACACGCAGCAACGCGCAGCUUGCGCUGAUUACUUAGGGGCCUACUUCUUUCCACCACGAGUAUUGCGACUGUCAUACGUACUGAGUUCGCCUCGAGGAGGGCUUCGGAUUAAUUGCUGCAGUUAACGAUAAAUCUGCAGCUUCAUACCUCCAUACGCAUACCUAGCGUCACUUGGGCCUUAUACUUCUCGAAAUCUAAGGGAGAUUGUAUACUUAAGGAUCACCGGGGCGAAAAAAGAGGUUAAGGGAAAAAAUGGCUGCACCAUCCCUUGAGAGAAAUCAAAAUGGUAACGUCCGAUUUAAUGGAUGUUCGAGUAUCCGCGACUUCGAACUUUUGGGAAAGCUUGGAGAAGGUACUUUUGGUGAGGUCUAUAAGGCAAGGUCGAAAAGGGAGGCUUCUGUUGUUGCUCUGAAAAAGAUCCUUAUGCAUAAUGAAAAGGAUGGUUUUCCAAUAACGGCGUUGCGUGAAAUCAAAUUGCUCAAAAUGCUCUCACAUCCCAAUAUUCUCCAGCUCAGAGAGAUGGCUGUAGAGCGAAGCAAAGGAGAAGGACGAAAGAAGCCAAGCAUGUAUAUGGUUACUCCGUAUAUGGAGCAUGAUCUCUCGGGACUUCUGGAAAACCCAGCCGUGCAUUUUACCGAGCCACAGGUCAAAUGUUAUAUGCUACAGCUCCUCGAAGGGCUUAAAUAUCUACACGAGAGUCGUAUCUUGCAUCGUGAUAUGAAAGCUGCAAACUUACUUAUUAGUAACAGAGGUAUCCUUCAAAUUGCUGAUUUCGGGCUUGCACGUCCAUAUGAUGAGCCACCGCCUCAGUCUGGUAAGGGUGGUGGAGAGGCAAGAAGAGACUAUACGACUCUCGUCGUCACUAGGUGGUAUCGUCCUCCAGAGCUUCUCCUCCAACUUCGGCGUUAUACAACUGCUAUUGAUAUGUGGGGUGCUGGGUGCGUCUUUGGUGAAAUGUUUAGGGGGAAACCCAUUCUUGCUGGAAAUAGCGAUCUUAACCAAGCACAACUUAUAUUCAAUCUGGUGGGCACACCCUCUGAGGAGAAUAUGCCUGGAUGGAGUUCACUUCCAGGUUGUGAAGGUGUCAAGAGUUUCGGAUUCAAACCAGGGAAUCUACAUCAAGUGUUUAGAGAUCUAAGUCCUACUGCCUUAUCACUGCUCAGUGAGCUACUCAAACUGGAUUGGCGAAAAAGGAUAAGUGCAAUUGACGCACUGAAACACCCUUACUUCUUCAGCGACCCGCUUCCAGCACGUCCUGGCGAGCUGCCGUAUUUUGAAGACUCUCACGAAUUUGAUAGAAAGAAAAAUCGUGGGCAACGAGCGGUAAUGCCUCCUGCUCCGCCAGGUGGGUCCAUUGGUAUGGCUCCAAGUGGAGGGUGGACAAAUCCCGGAGCUAGAUCAGGCACGGAAAGCAGAAAUAGCCGUAUCCCCGGUGCUGCACGCGCUAGCAAGUCGAAUCCAAUCGGAAGCCAUGGCAACCAUUUUCGGCGCGCAAAUGAUAAUAGAGGCAACGAGGUUCAUUCGACACGAGCGAGACAAGGUACUGAGAGCAUAAAUCAACCGUUCCAAAUACCACAGAGAGACGGCGGUUUACCGCCCAAACCACCAUUACCUAUCCACCAAACAUGGGGCGGGAAUCAGUUCAACAGAGCCGGAAAGGAUAGAAUGCAUCAGAAUCGAUUCGGUGGUCGACCAGAGACAAGUGUGGACUCUUAUGUCCCCAGCUAUAGUGGCAUAGGUGAUCGGGUACGGGAGAAGGAUGGCGAUAGUUCGAGCCCCAGUGCUGAUUAUCGCCAUUCCAGAUUUGAACAAGCAAACAGAAGAGAUAGAGAUAACCACCGGGAUUAUAAUUCAAGGAGACGAAGCCGAAGUCCUGCCCCGAGGAAAGGGGACAGAGCCAUAGAUAGAGGGCUAUACCGUCGGUAUUAGAAGAACGAAAAGGUUCUCAUCUCUCGUCACCUGAACUCCUGUGUAUGCAAUUAAAUACGAUCGUUCUCACAGUCGUACUUUAGACGAAAAAGCAUUGUAAGGAUUCAGCUCU